AUGUAUACCAGUUCCCACGCUCCUAAAGGUGGUCUAGAAUUCCUGGAAGACAUCGAUUUCAACAACUACCGGACAGUAAACUACGUGCUGAAACCGGUCAACAAUCAACAACUUCUUCAACUACUUAGCACCAGAAGCGUGAAGAUGGACAAACUGGAGCUCCAGUCAACAUGCUUCGACAACAUCAAGACCUUGUGUGUCAACUAUCGCAAGGAUUCCUCAACUAGGAAAACGGUGGAUUACCUGAACAAACGCUUAUCUUCGCUAGAAAACCAAUGGAAGGAUUUCGAUAGCAGACAUGCUAUGUUGGUGCUAGAACUAGAAGAUAAGAAAAUCAACUACUUCACCGACGAUGUCUACAACAGAACGAAAGAAAUGUAUAUAGCAACUAAGGCGGACAUAACUAACAGGUUAGUGGAAUUGCAGGAACAAAAACAAAACGUUCAGUUUGACUUAACAGGCACUUCUGAUGACCUAACUGUGGAGGAAGUAGAUGACAAACUACAACUUUUACUGAACAGACAAGAAUGUAAUUUCAACGCCAUACACCGUACCAUAACUAAAAGUAACACGGCAUCUAUCUCAGAACAAUGGGAAUUAAAUGACCAUUUAAGUACUUUGAAAGCAAAGUGGGAACCCAUCGAUAAACUUCACUGGGAGAUAGACUUUCUAUUGAAAGGAUCGAAUGAACAAUACUACAAGAUGUUUGCGGACGUAGAACAGCAGUAUGACGAACUCAAGACCAAAUUAAAUUCCAAGAUUUGGUCAACAGCUCACUAUCAGAAGUCAGCACCAAAGAUCGAACUACCAGAAUUCUCAGGUAACUAUGUCCAAUGGAUUUCUUUCAAGGAUCUGUUCUUAGAAACCAUACAUAAGAAUCCAGUGAUCAAUAACGCGCAGAAAAUGCAACACCUCAAAACCAAACUUCGGGGUGAAGCGGAACGCUUGGUGCAACAUCUUACCAUCAGCGCCGAGAACUACAACUCCUGCUGGGAAAUAUUGACUCAGCGUUACGAUAACCGCCGCUUGCAAUUUACUGCUUACAUGAACACUAUGUUAAACCUUCCUGUCAUACAACAACCAGAUGCAUUCAACAUGAAAAAGAUGCACGAUGUCAUCACAGAGUGUUUGAACGGCAUCUCUAACAUUGGCAUCGAUAUAUCUUCCUGGGAUCCGAUCAUUGUGCACAUCAUGACUCAGAAACUGGACUCAAGAACCAUGAGUGACUACAUAAAGGAGCUUCAAGACCACAGGGAACUGCAGAAUUUGCAAGAUUUUCUUUACUUCAUCGAAACCCAAUUUAUGGCUUAUGAAACAAUAAAGUCCGCCAAAAAGGGAAACUCAACAGGUCCAGAAAAACCCUCAACUUAUAAAUUUAACAAGCAAACCCCGGUGAAGAAUACUAAUUAUCAAUUUACUAGAACAAGCAAUUUUCAUGCGUCGUUCGGAAAGUGCCCACAUUGCAAAGGAAGCCACGUGUUGAUGAAUUGCGAUAAAUUUCUUGAUUUGGAAGUACCUAAACGGAAUGACACCGUUUCAAAAUUGCAACUCUGCAAGAACUGUUUAUACAGUCACGGCAAUCAAGAAUGCAAAUCAACGAAAACUUGCAGAGAAUGUAAUUUGAGACACCAUACGUUAUUGCACAAUUCUGAACGAAAACUAACAACUUUACCUAAGAAUAACAAAGGACAACAUCCAUCAACAUCAACUCAACCACAAACAUCCAACCACUUAUCAAACAGCGAUACGGAGGUUUUGUUAACCACAGUUCAAUUGAACAUACGGGCAAGUGACGGCACUUACGUCACACUGCGAGCCCUACUUGACCAAGGAUCCCAAGUUAACCUGAUCACAGAGAAUGCCGCACAAAUAUUGCGACUUCCACGCAAAAAGAUCAACGUGAGCGUCACAGGCCUUGGAACUGUGUCCGGAGAUUGCAGAGGACAACUUCAUCUGACCUGUAAAUCCAUCCACUCCAAUUACACUUUCGAAGCUCAAGCCCUUAUUAUGAAGAAAUUGACAAACAACUUACCAACAACAACUUUCGAGAAAACUGUAUGGCCGCAUCUAGAAAACUUGAAACUAGCAGAUCCGGAAUACAAUGUCUCACGUCAAAUCGAUCUCAUAUUAGGGGCUGAAGUCUACUCAAACAUCAUCUUGGAUGGUGUACUGAAAGGAAGCGAUCAAGCUCCUGUUGCGCAACAAACGCACAUAGGAUGGAUUCUCUGUGGCAAGAUGAAGACUUUGAACUGUCACGUUACUGUGAUCAACUUGGAAGAACUAACAAAAUUUUGGGAAACUGAAGACAUUCCCACCAGUCAGGAUACAUCCACGGACGACCACUGUGAACAAUUUUAUAAAGAAACCGUUGAACGUGCCGAAGAUGGAAAAUAUAUUGUGAAAAUGCCGCUCACUCCCGAUUAUAAAAGUAAAUUGGGUAGUUCAAAAUCGAUAGCCAUAUCACAAUAUUUACAGUUAGAAAAACGCUUAAACAAAAACACUAAACUGCAAGCUAUGUAUAAACAAUUUAUCAAUGAAUAUGCGGAUCUCGGUCAUAUGAAACCUGCGCCAAGGGUGUCAUCGGAAACAUACUAUUUACCUCAUCACGGUGUCCUUAGAGAAAAUGCAUUAACAACGAAACUGAGAGUUGUCUUCAACGCUUCGCAGAAGACUUCUAGCGGCUACAGCUUGAACAACUUAAUGGAAAAAGGCGCAAACUUACAAAAGGACAUUCAAAGCCUUAUCCUUAAGUGGCGAACAUAUAGAUAUGCUUUUACCGCCGACAUUGAGAAAAUGUUCCGUUGUCUCUGGCUUUCCGAGGAUCAACAACACUUGCAGAGGAUUAUUUGGCGAAACUCACCUGCUGAAGAUCUGCAAGACUAUCAACUAUGCACAGUGACGUAUGGUACCAAGGCUGCGCCAUGGCUUGCUAUGCGUACGCUACAACAACUUGCUAAGGACGACGGCGACAAAUAUCCUGAGGCUGCUCGAGCACUUACUACAUCCUGUUAUAUGGAUGACGUCAUAGCUGGGCAUAACAAUAUCCUGGAGGCACAAUAUUUGCAACAAACGCUGAUUCAACUACUGAAAGGAGCAGGCAUGAACUUGCGAAAGUGGACAGUCAAUGACCCAACAUUACUUGAGAAUCUGAGUGAAGAGCAAUUUUCGAGCAAGCAAACUUUCGAUUUCAAAAACGACGAGCCUUCCAAAACAUUGGGUCUCACUUGGAAUCCGAACAGUGAUACUUUUCAUUUUAAUUGGCCAGUGACAUACCACAAGCGUCAAACAAAAAGAUCUUUGCUCUCCGAUAUCUCGAAGUUUUAUGAUCCUCUGGGUUGGUUGUCACCUGUAACAGUAACAGCAAAACUACUGUUCCAAAAGGUCUGGAUGAGCAAACUAGCGUGGGAUGAUGAAGUUCCCUGUGACAUUGAAGCCGAAUGGAUGAAACUCAAGACAGACUUAUCUAGUAUCCAAAACAUGUCACUAAACAGAUGGAUACGCGGUACGCAAAAUCGAGUUGAACUACUUGGCUUUUGCGAUGCAAGCGAGAAAGCUUUCGCCUGUGUUAUUUACAGUCGAGUGUUGAACGAACACAACCUCCCUGUAAUAACAUUACUAACAGCCAAGACAAGGGUUGCACCCAUGUCACAAAAACUUACACUACCUCGUCUUGAACUCUGUGCUGCGCAACUAUUGGCAAAUCUGAUGGAGAAAACCAAGGAAGCAUUUGUGGAGUAUGAUAUCUCCGUACAAGCCUGGUCAGACUCGCAAGUUGUAUUGGCAUGGAUUCAGGGUGACGCUACAAGAUGGGAAGCAUAUGUAGUUAAUCGAGUCACAAAGAUCAAGCGCAUAAUUCCUGCAAACGAAUGGCACUAUGUAAAAUCGGAACAGAACCCGGCAGACUGUGCUUCAAGGGGUCUUUUGCCAACUAAACUACUCAACUUCAACUUAUGGUGGCAAGGACCUGACUUUUUGACUGAACAGCAAACCUCAGAAGACAGUCUCGGCGUAUACACAACCACUAUGGGAAGCACCAAUUGCGCCAAAACAGCUAUUUCAACGCAUCAAAAUGAACAUUUAAUAACUACAUUAUUGAAUAAAUGUAGUUCAUUGACACGAAUAAUCCGAGUCAUCGCGUGGAUUCAACGCUUUAUUACAAACUUGCGCAACAAGACGAAAUCGGACACUGCGCACCUAACAACAAGCGAAAUAAACGCAGCGACUAGAAGUAUAGUCUUGCAUGUGCAGCGAGUGGAGUUCAAAUCUGAAUACAAACAAAUCAUGCAAAGUAAAACUGUUUCCAGGAGUAGUUCCAUUUAUAAAUUGAAUCCAUAUUUAGAUCCUACAGGAAUUAUUCGUGUCGGAGGCCGUCUGAAGAACUCUGACUUACCUCCAGAGAUGAAGAAUCCAAUUAUCAUACCAUAUAAAGGACGCUUCACUCAACUUUUGAUAGCACAAGCCCACACCAGUACGUUACACGGUGGACCUCGCCUAACGUUGACGUACAUCAGGCAGCGAUAUUGGAUUGUCAGUGGAAAUCGAGCUGUGAAAGCGGAACUACAAAAAUGCAUACGUUGCCAUCGCUUUAACAAAGCCGAAAACCAUCAGGUGAUGGGUGACUUACCUCACCACAGAAUAACACCUUGUCGGCCUUUUACUCAUACGGGAGUCGACUUUACAGGCCACGUUGACAUCAAGCUUAACAAAGGCAGAGGUGUCCGAACAACAAAAGGCUACAUUGCCAUUUUUAUUUGUAUGGCUACGAAAGCCGUACAUAUUGAACUUGUCUCGGAUCUUAGCACCGAAACCUUCCUUGCUGCGUUUCAAAGAUUUUGCGCGAGACGUGGUACCCCAAAGCACAUGUACUCAGACUGCGGUACCAAUUUUAUUGGUGCUGCAAAGGUGCUUAGGCAGGAAUUUGAAAACUUCAAGCAACUAGUGUUGACAUCGGACGUGAUGAACAAGUUCGCCGACCUGGAAGUUGAAUGGCAUUUCAACGCACCAGCUUGGCCCAGUGCUGGUGGGCUGAGGGAAGCUGCUGUUAAGUCCAUGAAGCACCAUCUGCGGCGGGUGUUGGGAGAACAAAAAUUGACCUACGAAGAGUUUACAACGCUCUUGGCUAAGAUAGAAGGUUGCCUGAAUUCGCGGCCACUUUGUCCUCUUACUGAAGACCCGGAGGAGUUUUACAACUGCCUGACUCCAGGUCAUUUCCUCACAGGUAGCCCAACGAUGUCAUUGCCCUUGUCAGAUUACAAUAACGUAAACAACAUCGACCUCCGUCGUAGAUGGCAACUGACAGAGCACAUGUUCCAUCAAUACUGGAAAAAUUGGUCAAACGAAUAUCUUACAACAUUGCAAUCUCGAAGCAAGUGGAACAAACCGACGACAAACAUCAAACAAGGCGACAUUGUACUGGUGAAGGACAACAAUCUCCCGCCAGCCAAGUGGGCUUUGGGACGAGUACUAGAGACUCAUCCUGGAGCUGACGGCUAUGUUCGCGUCACAACUAUAAAAACACAGUCUGGGAUCAUCAAACGUCCUGUGGUGAAACUGUCACCCCUGCCACUGACAACAGAAAUUGAACCAGAAACCAAACAUGGUCAUCAAACUGCACCUAAAACAACUUCUGAGAACAAAGGUCGGAAGAAAGGACAGAAAUGUAUCCCAACGUUAUUAAUUACAAUGAUUUCGUUGUUUACAUUUAUGUCGGGAUCAUAUUGCGCCAUUGACGGCACGCGCCGAGCGCCGGGCGCUCACAUAACAAACUUAGAACCUGAGCGGCCCGUCUAUUAUGAUGAGAUCGGCAGAAUGCAGACAAUGCAAGACGAGUGGAUUCUCAUUAUGUAUUACAAUUUAACUAACUACUGGGAAGGAACUCGUCGCAUUGAAUCUUACUUUAACCAUUUGAAAGAUGUUUGCCAACAGACAAAGCUGUAUCUUUGUGGAACAACCAUAGAACAGCUAGAACAUGAAAUGGAGAUUCUUAACUAUUACAACUACAUUCUGAUAAACCCACAUAAACACCUAAGCCAGAGGAUGAAACGAGGCUUAGUCGAUGGAGUAGGCUACUUGGCUAACAGUUUAUUCGGAAUACUGGACCAACGCUUUGCCGAAAAAUACGAAAACGACAUUCAGUCUCUCCAGAACAACGAAGACUACUUAUUGGAAUUAAUAAAAAACCAGACAAGUAUUGUAAAACUUGAGAAUGGCGUUUUGAAGAAAAGCGAAGAGAAUAUACAGCGCCAGUUCAAGUUGAUUGACAGCUUUGUGAAUCAAACAAACCUGAACUUACCCUCGAUUGAGUCUGAGAUACAAGUACUCUCGGCUACUUCAUAUAUAAACUCUGCUGCAUUCACAACAUAUCUCCUUAUCAACAACUUAAGAACUUUUCAAGAAAUGUUGUUCAACACUUUAACCAACAUCUACCAAGGUCAUCUGGAUGUGCAUUUGAUUACUCCAGUUCACCUCAUCGAGCAUCUUAAUGAUAUAUCCGGAAGUCUUCCCAAAACUGUUUCAUUGCCAGUUGAGAAUUAUAAGGACAAAAUUAAGGAUUUUUACAAACUAAUAAACGUGAAAGUUCAAGUGACAGACACAUAUUUUAUCUUUGAAGCUCACAUACCACUCGUCUCCAAUGCUGACUUCACAAUAUACAAAGCCAUACCUAUGAAGCCUUACCUAUGA